AUGGCGACCGCCGCCGAGAACAAGCCGGCGAAACCGCUCCCGAAAAGGCAAAUCAAGGAAGACGAUGCGAAACGGCACCGUUCAGUAUUCGAGGUGCCGGCGGACUUCUUCGAUUCCUGCCGCCUUCUGCACUCCCCUUUUUCUCCGCUGCCGGAUUCCGCCGCCUAUGACCUAGAAGAACCGAAUCCGGAGAAAGAGGUUAGCCUAAGUAGCAGCGGUACCGAUACUCAAGCCCUGCAAAAAUGGUCUUGCAACACUUGUAAGUCAGAAUUUGAGUCUCUCCAAGACCAGCGAUUUCACUUCAAAUCCGAUCUCCAUCGUUUCAAUAUAAAGCUAAGCGUUGCUGGUAAAAGUACUAUUAAGGAGGAAGAUUUUGAUGGAGCAGCAUCUGACUCGUUGUGUAAAGACUACGAUGUAUCCAGUAUUUCGGGAUCGGAUGAUGAGGAUGAACGAGAAACUGGUCUCUUAUCUGACAGGCAAAGGGAAUUUGGCGGAUUCUUAAAAAGUAAAAUACUUAUAGAGUUGCAGAACGGUGAGAGAGUUUCGAUUUGGAAAUGUUUACUGCUAGACGAGUCUGAAAGUAUUUCGUUCGAAGCUGAUAAGUCCCUUUCCACUGAUGGGGCCGGAGUUACGCAUUUGACUCAGAAAGAGGUGAGUGAAAAACUGAAAUACAUAAUUCGUGAACCGAGAGAUGGUACAUGCUUGCGGAUUGUUUUACUCUCUAGGGGUGGACAUUUUGCUGGAUGUGUGUUCGAUGGUAAUUCCCUAUUGGCUCAUAAGACUUUCCACAGAUAUGUAGUUAGAGCAAAGGCUGGGAAAAAGCAGUCGUCAAAAGAUGCAGGUGGCAGGUCUAUUCAUUCUGCUGGAGCUUCACUUCGUCGAUAUAAUGAGCUUGCAUUAAAAAAGGAUAUUCAAGAAUUACUUGCUUCAUGGAAGUCUCAUUUUAUAGCUGCCACGUGUGUUUUUAUCUACGGCCCUUCAAGUAACCGCCAACUCUUUUUCGAUGGGGAUAAUAAACCUCACUUCACCUGUCGUGCGAUAAGAAAUAUUCCCAUGACUGUUAGGAGGCCCACAUUCAAGGAAGCUAAAAGAAUAUACAGCCUACUGAUACAAAUUUCCCCCGAGAUAAAACAGGAAAUGUCUUCUAAUAGCAAUGAGGGAACUAAAAUCAGUAAAUUGGAGUCUGGAGAAAAUUCGGAGGGAACUGAAAUCAGUGAGUCUUGUUCGCUUGUGAAUGAAAUUGAUGGUUUGUCUUUAUUAUCCGAGUCGAAAACGAAUGAUGAUACUUCUGCCAAGUCAAUGCCCUUACAUGAAGCUGCAAAAUCUGGGGAUUCGGAAAAGGUUUUGGAACUUCUUGUACAGGGUCUCGAUCCAUGUGUCAAGGACGAGAGGGACCAAACGCCUUACAUGCUUGCAAGGGACAAAGAGGUGAGAAAUACUUUUAGGCGUUUUAUGGCUCUUAAUCUCGAAAGAUGGGAUUGGCAUGCUGCUAAGGUGCCGAGUGCUUUAACAAAGGAGAUGGAAGAAUCUCAAGCUGCUAAGCAGGCGGAGAAAGAUGCCAAGAGAAAAGCGAAAGCAAAAGAGUUGAAGAAGCUGAAGAAAGCCAAAGAAAAAAAGGCCCAGCAGGUGGAUGCAACUCAAUCCGCGAAUGAUACGGGUAAUCCUGCAAGUGCCUCUGUUUCUUCUCCUAUAGGUCUCAGUUCUGCUGUAGCUUCCAAAGAGGAGGAACAAAGAAGAAUCCAAGAGGAAAGGGAAAUGAGAGCAGCUGCUGCCGAGAAACGAAUGGCAGCAUUAACAGCCUCAAAAACACGAGCAGCGGGCCCUUCUAAUUUGACGACAAACAAUAAUAAUAAUAAUAAUAAUAUAAGUGGAGACGAUAUGUCGUGUUCGUGCUGCAACGUGUCGUUGGCUGGUAUAGUGCCGUUUCAUCGCUAUCAGUACAAAUACUGCAGCACUUCUUGCAUGUUCGUGCACAAAGACCUCCUUGACGAUGGGUGA